UGGUUUACAUUUGGAAUGGUGGGUGUUGAAAGCGUGUGAUUUUGGAUUAAAUUUUAAAACAACUGGUUUAUUUGUGGAAUAGUACUGUUAUGGUACCCAUGUCUAAAUGGUCGAUCGAGGCGCCACCGGACAGAAUAUUUUAUGAUAUUAUUAUAUGAGGUGGACGCUUUGUGGUAGCUGCCUGCUAGCUUACUACAUCCUCUUCGGGACGAGUUACUGAUUCUUUGGAAACGUCAUGUGCAAUUUUCAUUAGCCUUACAAUUGACUAGUGACCUCUUAGUUAUCAUAAUUGUUACUGUACUGUUUUCAUGUCUGCUCCUUUCCCUCUUGUUCCAUGUACCCUUGAUACCAGUGGUGUGAACGCUGAGGCUUCGUGAGGCAUGUUCCCACAGGGCGCAUCAACGACACAGCGGUCACGCUACAGGCCAAGGCCCGAUUCCAUGGAUCCAUACUUUUACCAACACCGAGCAGUCGACAGCUAUGAUGUUCGUGCACAUGACAGCUUGCCUCCUUAUGACUGGAAGCCUUGCCCAUCGCCCCCUCCUCACACACGGAGAGAUUGGCGCAAGAGGAAACACGAGGACUAUGGCUCCCCGAUUGACAAGCGCCGACGUGGUAAUGACUCACCUCAUCCCCCUUCAGGACAUUGUCACCCUCGUCAUCGCUCUUUUAGCCCUGACCCAGGUUUGGCAGGCUCGUCCAGAUCACCCUCUGGUUUUGAUCACCCGCAUUCGCGUGUGCACCCUUGUGUACCUGCGAUCCCACGCAACUCCAUGAACCAUCAUGUGCACGAUAACGAGCAGCUAAGUUUUCAAGUGGCCUGUCUGUUCGAGAUGUGCCAGCAGCAGCAUUCGGAUUUAUGUCGGAAAGAGACAUGCAGAAGUUUGCUACAAGAAGACAUGCGUGUCUGCACAAUGGGGCAGCUCUAUAUGACUGGUUCUACCAUGAGUGGAUUAGCCUGCCGUAGCAGUGACGCCGAUUUGUGUUAUGUCAUCCAUAAAAAAAUGGAUCCAAUUGCUGUACUCUCUUCCCUCCAAAGGAUUAUGAAUUCAAUGAAUUUAGUUGAGCGAGUACGGCUGAUCAGAGCCACAGUGCCGAUCCUCAGGUUCAAAGAGAAAGGCAGCAAUCUGAUGUUUGACCUAAAUGUCAACAACAUCGUGGGCAUCCGAAACACAUUCCUCCUGAAGAGCUAUGCUUAUGCUGAGCCCAGGAUACGUCCCCUCAUCCUUGUUGUUAAGAAGUGGGCGCGGCACCAUCAAAUCAACGAUGCCAGUCAAGGAACGUUAAGCAGCUACGCAUUGGCGCUGAUGGUUCUGCACUACCUCCAGACCCUCGAAAAACCAGUGAUUCCUUCACUUCAGAUGGACUUUCCAGAGUGUUUCGAUCCCUCUUUGGAGAUUGACAUGAUCCCUGAAGCAGCCGAAAACAUCCCCCGCUACCAUUCGCGAAACCAGUCGUCGCUGGGAACGCUGCUUCUGGGGUUUCUCGAAUAUUAUGCGACGCAAUUCAGCUGGAACAACGACGUGAUUUCUGUUCGAGCUGGCAAAGCUUUACCCAGGCACCAUCAUCCAAAUUGGAAAGACAAAUUCAUAUGUGUGGAAGAGCCGUUUGAGAGGAAAAAUGUUGCACGGGCAGUCCACAAACAGGCCAAAUUCGAUUACAUUAAAACACAGUUUUUCGAGUCCUGGUUAAUGCUACGGAGGGAAAUGGACCUAAACUCCAUUCUUCCUGUACAAGAGAUCAUUGAUGAGGAAACAUCCUGGCAAUAAGGAGUUGCUCACCUUUUCACACAGUGACACCAGAUACAUAUUACUCAAAAAGUCCCAGUCCGCGGCAGCUUUAUCUGAUUUGUUUAUACUUGUUAUAAAGACUUUGUGAUUUUUGUAUUGCUCUUGUUGUAUUUCCACGUGUCUUUUUUUGUACAUGUUUGUAUGAUUGUUUUUUAUGUUAAAUUAAAUCUACAGAGUCCAUAAGAUGACAUGGAAG